UGAGUCAUGUCAAGGCUUAAAAACCCAUUAGGGGAGAGGAUACUUUGUGUCGGUCACGUCUGCAUUGACAUCAUUGCUGAGUGUUCCAGUUAUCCAGAGGAGGAUGAUAAAGUUGGCACUACAACCAAACCAAACAGGUAAUGGAGAAUCAGCAGUUUCCAUAUUAGAAGCCCUUAGCCUUCUUAAUUUACCUCACUACACCAAUGGGCAUAGUUCACGGGGCACCUUCUGCAUGGAAUAUAUGAGUGAGAAUGGAAAGUAAUUCUGAGAAGCGUGGUGUGAGGUAUUUCAGCCGCUAGCCUGAAUAGGAAGGGACUUUUUAAUUGUGUGUGUGGUUUAAUUGUGAAAACAGCAUGAAUCCAAGUGAGAACAUCCUGUGUGUAGGGCUUUGUUGCCUGGACAUCAUCAGCGAAGUCCGCGCAUUUCCUGUAGAGGACACGGAUCAGAGGUGUAUUGACCAAAGAUGGCAGAGAGGGGGAAAUGCUGCUAAUAAUUGCACUGUCCUGGGCAUGUUGGGUGCACGCCCUGCAUUUUGUGGCACUGUAGCUGCUUCUCAUGAGAAAAGCUUCAUCUUGGAGGAUUUUGCAAAAUACGGCAUCAGCACCGAUAAUGUUGUGAUACAUGAGAAUUGUGACUGUCCAGUCUCUUGUGUCAUUCUGAGUGCAGCCUCAGGUUCGAGGACAAUCAUACAUUCCAACAAGAAUUUGCCCGAGAUAAGUGCAGAUGACUUUGCCAAAGUGGAUUUAAGUGAUUUUGGAUGGGUACAUUUUGAGGGACGUAACGUUUCUAAUGUUUGCAACAUGAUUCGUCAUGUGAGGGAAUUCAACCAGAAACACCCCGAGCGUAAACCUCUCACUAUAUCAGUGGAAAUUGAAAAGGCCAAACCUGAACUUGAAGCUCUAAUUCCUCUUCCAGAUGUUUUAUUUGUUGCAAAGGAUUAUGCCAAGUUCAAAGGCUACUCCAAUAUGGAUGAGACUAUCGAAACAAUACAGUCCUUGGCCUUACCUGGUGCAGUGGUAAUAUGCCCAUGGGGAGAAGCUGGAGCCAGUGCCAGUAGUGCCAAAGGCACAAUUGUUCGUUCACCAUCCUAUCCUCCCUCGAAGGUUAUCGAUACAUUAGGUGCUGGUGACACAUUUAAUGCUGCAACAAUAUUUGCUCUCCACAAGGGGUGCUCUCUUGAAGAUGGUAUUUCUUUUGGAUGCAAGAUUGCUGGUGCCAAAGUAGGAGUUCGAGGCUGGGAACCACUUUGUGAAGUGGUAAAGCACACGAUCUCGUUGGUUUCGAGUGCUGAUGAGACUGCAGACUUAUUGCACAGAACUUGAUGCAUGGAUAUGCAUUGUGUUAAUGACGACACAGUGAGGAUUGAGGGCUUGACUUGUGCAGCUUGGGUUUAUGUUUUGGUGCUAAUUAUUGUCUGGCAAAUCCUUUUUUCUGGAAGUGAAGAUGACGAAGGCUUAUGAUGCCAAGAAAGGAGAGGUGCAGUGCAUUGUGGGCUAAUUUUCCAAUAGACAAGGUAUGGGAUAAAAAAUGUGAUAAAUCAUAGCUAAUAGCAUUUCAUAGCUUUUGCACUAGUGUUGUUUUUAGUUAUUAAACGAAAAAGCUUGUGCCAACGAAGUUGAGUGAAAGUAAUGACGAACAUAGUUAAAGUUUGUGGGAAGCUUUGAUGUGAAUUUUGUGAUAGAAAGAUUGUUUGUACACUAUACAUAGCUUCUACCAUACUGCAUUGGCAAUUUUGCUCUGUUCUUGUAGCUAUAACUCUUGAAGUGGUCAAGAGGAUUUUUUAAAACUAUCAUUGCAUAAACCAUUGUGCUUAACUGUCUUUCAGUAAAUGAUGAGGUAUUUGUUAUAAAUUUGAUUCAGAAGUUGUCAGAACAUAGUAUGUAUUGGUUAAAUGUUUAAUGUCAUUUGUAAACAUGCAGUUUAUUUUGAAUAUUCCCAGGGGUAAUUGAAUCAGAAAUUCAUAAAAUGGAUCGGAAAAUUCAGUUUAGAAAUUCAUUCAUAUUGGUGCCAUCCAGUAUAGUGCAAUACAGAGACAUUGUUAAUGAAAAGGCCAUUUGAAAUUUAGUAACAUUCACAUAGUUGCAGUGUUCUUCCGUAGACAAAAGUUGAUUAUUGCAGUUAAGUCUGCUCUUUACAAGGUUUAGAAGUUGCUAAAAGGUGGAAGUAGAUGUAGCAGAAGGGGCUUAUAUUGUAUUUGUAUUUUUUGCAGGUUCAUUAUUUAAUACAGGUUGUGAAUACUGUACUUCAUGGUGACUAAUUUUUAGGAUUUGUCAUAAUGGUUGGUAUUGUGUAGCUACUCAAUAUUUAACAAAUUGUUUCUUUGAGAGAGAGCUUUGUAAGACUACCGUAUUUCUUUUGUAAAUAGAAUGGGUACAUAGUUCCUUUGUUAUAUUAAUUUCACGACUGUGUAAAGCAUUGCACUGUAAGUCAAAAUGUAGAAACAUAACUUUA